GCAAGCAAGGCAGCAGUUUUGCAGUUUUCGUCGUCGUGCGCGGCAAGCAGGUAUGGAGCAGGACUGCAACCCGAGUCUGUCUGCGUUGGCCUCGGCGUCCCGCAUGGAGUCUGCGAGCGGAGAUGUGCCGCCAUCGAUCUCGGCAGCUGGAGCAUGGCCAGGGGGGCGCAGCGCGGCUCCGCGGGUCCCUUCUAUGCCCGGUGGUCUCCCCCCCUUGCCCACUUUCAAGGCGCCUCCGCAGUGGGACUGUCGAAAUGUGUUCUCGCCGCCAAGGUCGGACACAAGCAUUCCUCCGCAACGUGCUGAGGAGUCCUUCUCCUCCCUCAUGGGCCAGGCUGCAGGCGGCCAACCGCAAUCGCCGUUUCAGAGAGGUUUUCCCGCGUCGAUGGGGUGGGGCAUGCCGCAUGCGCACGCAGGCGUUCCACGUACGCAGCGGUCGAGGUCCUUCGACGACUCGAUUACAGGUGGGAGAGUCCAUACGGGUGUGGCGGGCGAAGAUGGUAGAGCGGCGAUGCAGACUUCCAACAUGGAAGUCGGCCUUCGCGGGCAGGCGGAGACGCAAAGAGGGGCCUUUGGCGGGGGAGGUCCCCCCCCCUCUGCCCCAUCGCCCGAUCGAAUGGAUUUCGCACCGCAGGCAAUGGAAGAUGGGGACAGUCGGCGGCCCUCCCCCAACGCAGGAGCGCAGGACGCGUGCAGUGGUCCUGUGGAGGACAUUGCCGGAACGCGGGCAACGCAGGGGAUGGCGACUGCAGGUGUGGGGGAGACAGGGGAAGGCAGUAAGAGCACAGCAACGGCGAGCAAUGUCGGUGGGGUUGGAGAGUCUGCCGCAAAAGGAAAGAGUCGGGGCGAUAAUUGGAGAUUGGAUGAAACGUUGGCGCUGCUACGAUACCUUGCGGAAGACGAUGCUAUGCACGUUAACAGACCGAGGAGGCAGCAGAUGAAGGGGAAGAAGGAGAGGUAUGAGUGGAUGGUGUCGAAGAUGGUGCAGCAAGGCUUGGCGAAAAGACUGGUGGGGGAGUGCAAGAGAAAGUUCUACGCUCUCGUGGACCACGCGAAGAAAAUCAGGGACUGCCAUAACCGGUCCGGCGAGCGAAUCUACUGGAACAUGGACAAACAGGAGAGAAAGCAGGCCGACUUGCCCCUGCAUUAUGAGCAGCAAUGCUGGGACGCGAUCUACGUUGUCACAUCAGAUGACGAAGGGGGGGUGGUGAGCGAGGGGACUGUGCCACGCAGGCGGGCUGAGAGUGACAUGUCGGAGGGGUCAAAGUACCAGCGCACCGGGAAAGGAGGGCGACGCAGCAGAUCAGACUCCCCGGCUGCAGGUGGCAGAGACGAAACCAUGUCGGACAUCGCGACAACUUUGGCGGAUUCAAACAAACAAAAUGCGGAAAUGCUUGCGGGAACUUUCGUGAUUGCGUUGGAGGGGCUGAACAAGAUGAUGGCAGAUGGCAAUACCACUUUGCUUCAAUGCUUCACCAUGCUGACGGGGUCCUUGACCAGACGUCCUGCACGCGAUUCCAACGACCACGGGGAGCUGAAGCGAAUGCGCGCCGAUGUCGAUGACGUGAACUUGAGGGAGGUCGUCGCCGCAUCCAAGCUGGCGAAUUCUGAGCGCAUUGUUGCGGAGCUGCAGAACGAGGUCGACCGGCUUCGUGCACGGGUUCUGAUGUUGGAGGGGGAGGUCUGCAGGGCCCAGGAGGGGGGCCGAACGAUGUCGACGUCCAUGGACAGUCCAUCUUCUCUGAGCGGAGGGACUGUCACUAGUGUUGUUGUGUCCUUCUGCCAGCAAGGAGUGGAGGUAGCAGUCCGCUCCCAUGGCCGUAGGAUAGUUGGCGGUGCGGAGGUCCAUGGUAGGCCAUGCUCGAAUUCGGGGACUCGGAGAUCUCCGGCCACCAACCACCGCGAGAUCGACCAGAUCGCCGAACGUUUACGUAGGACAUUCGCGGGGGAUGCGGACUCGUCCACUGGUGGCAUGGCGGGGGAAGUGGGAGAUGCCAUCGCCGCAGUCAGGAUCAGCGCCAAGGUCCUCAUCGCCUAGGAGGACUACACUGAUGUGUUCUUGGAGGGACGGAAGGAGCGGCUGAUGCCAUAUAAAAGUCGACGAACGAACAGCUGGCUCCCGGAGAAGACAUUCGACGGGGUAGAGUAGAGGAGACUGCGCACACUGGACUGGGAUUUUCACCAUUCCCGAUCCAGCUCAGACGACCGAGAGAAGACGGGGACCGAUCAUAACAAACGCAGAUGUUGAAG